GCUCGCGCAGGGGUUUAAAGCCCGGGCGACGCGGGUUCCCAGACAGCACACCUGGGUGCUGCUGGGCGGGAGAGACUGCUGUGCAAGCCUGCGAGCACUGAUUGGCCGUCCGCGCCGCGCCUUACUUGAACUGCUACCUGCUGGGGCUGGUUCGGCACGGCGAGCCCUUCUUCACCUGCGAGUAGCUUUUCCUUGUCCCCGCAGGAGGCGGUCCACGAACUGGUGUUGCAAGGCCGUGGAGUGCUAGCGGGUCCAGCGUCCAGCGGAGAAGAUGAACGGCCCCAGCGCCAGGUCCAGCCACCUGUCGCAGCCAGUGGUGAAGAGUGUGCUGGUGUACCGCAAUGGGGACCCCUUCUUCGCUGGGCGCCGUGUCGUCAUUCAUGAGAAGAAGGUGUCCAGCUUCGACGUCUUCCUCAAGGAAGUGACGGGCGGCGUGCAGGCGCCCUUUGGGGCCGUUAGGAACAUCUACACCCCGAGAACGGGCCAUCGCAUCAGGAAACUGGACCAGAUCGAGAGCGGGGGCAACUACGUGGCUGGGGGCCAGGAAGCCUUCAAGAAACUCAAUUACUUGGACAUAGGAGAAAUCAAGAAAAGACCAAUGGAAACUGUUAAUACUGAGGUGAAACCAGUCACCCACAGCAGGAUCAAUGUGUCUGCUCGCUUCAGGAAAUCGCUGCAUGAGCCUUGCACUAUUUUCUUGAUUGCAAAUGGAGACCUCAUAAAUCCAGCUUCUCGACUCCUCAUCCCUAGAAAAGCUUUGACUCAGUGGGAUCACAUACUGCAGAUGGUCACAGAGAAAAUAACUCUUCGGAGUGGGGCUGUCCACAGGCUUUAUACUUUAGAAGGAAAACUGGUUGAGAAUGGGUCAGAGCUGGAGAAUGGGCAGUUUUACGUGGCCGUUGGCAGAGAUAAGUUUAAGAGACUACCUUACAGUGAGUUGCUUUUUGACAAGUCAGCAAUGAGAAGGCCUUAUGGUCAGAAAGCUUCUUCACUGCCUCCCAUGGUUGGAUCAAGGAAGUCUAAAGGGAGUGGAAAUUAUCGCCAAUCUAAGUCAACCAUCGGCUCCAGUGAUAACUCAUCUCCUCAGCCUCUGAAGAGGAAAGGGAAGAAAGAUUCAAAUUCAGAAAAACCCACAAAAGUGAAACAAAAUGUGAAGACGAAGGAUUCCCAAAAAGCAGUACUAAACAAUGAUGAAGGCAUUUUCAAAGCUGGAGCAGAGAGAUCUGAAACCAGGGGGGCAGCAGAAGUCCAAGAAGACGAAGACACACAGGUUGAAGUUCCAGUUGACCAGAGGCCAGCAGAAAUAGUUGAUGAGGAAGAAGAUGGCGAGAAAACAAACAAAGAUGUCAAGCAGAAAGAAGACUUCUCAGCAAUGAAUGGUGACGCUGAAGAUGGAGAGGGUAGUGAGGCUGCUGAUGCCCCUAAGCAAGAGGAGGAAAUUCCAGACCACGGAGGGGAGAAGGCAAGUUCCUCUCGGGUAAAUGGUGUCACUGAUGAAGAGAAUGGUGAGGAACUGGACCAGGUUACUGAGGAGCUUCAACCAGCAGUGGAUGAGGAAGGAAAGACUGAAGGAGACAACAAUGGACAAGAUGAGGCUGGCUUAGAUGCUCAAAGACCACCAAGACCAGAAGUGACAGUCACUAGUCCUCAAGAAAAUGAAGAGAAUGAACAAAACAAGGACUCUUCUGCUGUGGCAUAGAUGCUUUUAAAGCAGGAACUAGAUGGGAUUGAUGGGCAUUUCUCCUUAAUGGAGCAUCACUCUUUGUUCCCGCCUUUUCUCCAUUUCACUGCGAUUCUUAGACUCCAGGGUCCCUCUUGACAGCUGCCUUAAUGUGAGGCACAGCACUGAUAUUUUGCAUGAGAAAUAAACUGAGCUUUUAAGAACAUUUCAAGAAGGUUACAGGCAUAAUAAUGGCCAUAAAAUGUUGAAAUAAAUGAGGACAUCAUCUUCUCCUGUGCAUGUAUUUUAAUACCUGGGACCCAAACAUGUGACUCAAAUCAAAACCAUCUCUAUAUGUUGUCUAACAAAACAUGUAAUCAAUUAUCCAUUGGGAAUUACAACUGUAGGCAUAACUCUGAAGUGAUCUUAACAGAAGUUGCAGGUCCGUUUCCCUCUCAAAAGUGGCAGUCUCCUCUAUGGAAAUUUGGUACCUAUGACUGGUUAGAUCCACAAGUAAGUGAGACUUACUGACAGAUUUGGGAAGCGUGUACAGAGCAUAUGAAUGAGGUCUUGGUAAAGGGUCGUGCCUUGUUUAUAGAGAGGGCACUUGGAUAUAUGUCCAGUGUAUUGCUUUGAGGUGUCAGUUCUUUGCAAUUCCUUAGUUUUAAUUUUAUGUCAUUGUUGCCUUAGCCGUAUUUCAAUUUUAAAGACACUUACGAUCACUGGUUUGGUGGUGGAAUUGGGACAUUGGGAGUUUUGCACUUGACUGGAAGUGACUUUGACAUCACCCUCAGGUGAGGAGUCUGUUACAUGCUUGGCAUCUGUUGAAAUCACCAUUGCAUGCCCAUCAACUUCCUGCUACUAUCACUACAGGGCAGCCCCUGCUCUCUGUCCUCCUGGGGUCUUGAGGAGACAUGUUAUUUAGGAUGUUUUUCUUGUAUUUUAUGUUUUAAUGUCAGAAUGCCAGACUCAUGGGAAGAACAUGAUAUGGUUAUGUCUCCAGUUGUAUUCUGAAAGGGUUAAUUCUUGCUAUGGUGUCUAAACACAUACCACAUCAUACAUAUGGCUUAGAAUCUGUCACACAUCCCUGUAGGUGUGGAGCUGUGAAGUGACACUGAUGUGUUUUAUGCCAUCUCUCCUAGGGGAGGGCUCAAAACCCAGAAACCACAUGUUUUUCUCUAGAAGCUGGCGAAAUGGCUCAGCAGCUAAGGUGCUUGCUGCCAAGCCUGAUGCCCUACACGGGCGGGCAUGCACGUACACAAAGCUCCCCACCCCCACAGCUGAAUAGAUACAUAUAAACACAUUGUUUUCUUUAGAAUACCCUGCCUUCUACACAGAGGAUGAAUUUUACUAAUUUAGAGAAGAUCAGUGUGCUUAAUGCUGAGGCUGCAGUUGGACACAAGAGGCUCACACCUGUAAUCUCACAACUUGAGCUGGAUGGAGAAUCAAAAGUUAAAAGUCAUCCUUGGCUACAUAGUGUGUUUGGGGCUGGCUACCCUUUGCAACUUGAAAACCUGUCUCAAAAACCCACCAACCAACCAACCCAUCUACCUACCCGCUCAAGCUAAAUUUGCCACUGCAGAAAAAAUCAGAAGGUAUAUUCAUCACAUUACCAGAAGGUACAUUCAACAUGUUAAUCAUGUCUUCUAAAGAAUCAAUUCUGUACUCUUAUUGAUGUUAAAGUAGCAAAGCAAAGUGAAUAGGUAAAUGAAUCACUGAGUAGAAAGCUCCUCAUCUGAACUGGUGCCAAUCAGAACAAAACAGAAAACAUAAUGUAGAUACUGCAUAUCAGUACUUCUGCUGGUGCCGCCAUGCACUUUCAGACAUUCGGAAGGGCCUCCUCAGUGAUGUUUGUAUAGCAAGGCUCUCCCAUGGAGAGAAACUGUGCUGGCAGUGUGAGAACAACAUGGAGAGCCUACUGUUAUCCUGGUGUUUUAAUGUUGCUUUAUUGAGAGCAAGAGUUACACUAUUUUUCCCAUAUAAGAAAGUUACCAACAUUAUGUAAACUAGGCAUGAUGGCACAUGCCUGUUACCCCAGUGCUCUAGAGGUAGAG